AUGAAGCUCUCAUCGACGUGGGCUAUCGCCUGUCUAGCAGCUCAGGCUGCUGGUGCUGCUAUUAGCCAUUCGCUCAAUGGGUUUAGUAUCACUGAACAUCCGGACCCUGUUAAGAGGGCUUUGCUGCAGAAGUUUGUCAGUUGGGAUGACAAGUCUUUGUUCGUCAAUGGCGAGAGGAUCAUGUUGUUUAGUGGUGAAAUACACCCCUACCGUCUGCCUGUCCCAUCUCUAUGGAUUGAUGUCUUCCAGAAAGUCAAGGCUCUUGGUUUCAACUGCGUUUCUUUCUACAUUGAUUGGGCCCUGCUCGAAGGUAAGCCCGGCUCUUAUAGUGCCGAGGGAAUCUUCGAACUCGAGCCAUUCUUCGACGCCGCCAAGGAGGCCGGUAUCUAUCUUCUCGCUCGUCCUGGCCCCUAUAUCAAUGCUGAAGUAUCUGGGGGUGGUUUCCCUGGCUGGUUGCAGCGUGUCAAUGGAACACUGCGCACUAGUGAUGAGGCCUUCCUCAAGUCAACAGACAACUACAUGAAGAAUGUCUGUGCAACCAUUGCCAAGGGCCAAAUCACCAACGGUGGUCCUAUCAUCCUCUUCCAGCCGGAGAAUGAGUACAGUGGUGCCGUUGGCAUCGAUAACUUCCCCGAUGGUGCCUACAUGCAGUAUGUCGAGGACCAGGCUCGCGACGCCGGUGUUGUCGUUCCUCUGAUCAGCAACGAUGCAUGGGCUGGUGGCCACAAUGCUCCUGGGACUGGCGAGGGAGCUGUCGAUAUCUACGGACAUGACAGCUAUCCCCUCGGCUUUGAUUGCGCGAACCCUUCUACCUGGCCAUCGGGCAAUCUGCCCACUGACUUCUAUACCACGCACAUGAAACAAAGUCCUUCCACUCCCUAUUCUCUGAUCGAGUUCCAAGCUGGAGCAUUUGAUCCUUGGGGAGGUGUUGGUUUCACGAAGUGUGCUGCUCUUCUGAACCACGAGUUCGAGAGAGUCUUCUACAAGAACAAUCUUAGCUUCAAGGUUGCAUUCCUGAAUCUUUACAUGAUCUUCGGUGGUACCAACUGGGGUAACCUUGGCCACCCAGGAGGCUAUACUUCCUACGACUAUGGCUCCCCGAUCUCCGAGUCUCGCAACAUCACUCGUGAGAAGUACAGCGAGCUCAAGCUGAUUGGAAACUUUGCCAGAGUAUCCCCAGCCUAUUUGCUCUCCACCCCGGGAAGCUUGACCACUUCCAAGUACACCACGUCCUCUGACCUGGCUGUGACUCCCCUGCUCGGAGGUAACAGCACGAAGUCAUCCUUCUUUGUCGUGAGACACAGUGAUUACUCGAGUCAGGCAUCUGUCGACUAUAAGCUCAAGGUUCCUACCAGUGCCGGCCAGCUUACUAUCCCCCAACUGAGCGGUAGCCUUACUCUCAGUGGACGUGAUUCCAAGGUCCAUGUGGUUGAUUAUGAUGUGGCGGGUACAAACAUCCUCUACUCCUCUGCCGAGGUCUUCACCUGGACCAAGUCUGGCAAAUCCAAGGUUCUUGUGCUGUAUGGUGGUCCUGGCGAGCACCACGAGUUGGCUGUUUCUUCCACAUCCAAGCCCUCCGUCAUCGAAGGUUCCUCGUCCAGCAUCACCACUAAGCAGGUGGGCAAAGCUGUUGUCAUUGGCUGGGAUGUCUCGACCACUCGUCGCAUUGUGCGAGUUGGAGACUUGAAGAUUCUUCUCCUGGACCGCAACUCAGCUUACAACUACUGGGUUCCCCAGCUUCCAAGCAAGGGCACUUCUCCCGGAUACAGCUCCCAAAAGACAUCUGCUUCCUCGCUCAUCGUCAAGGCUGGAUAUCUUGUGCGCACGGCCUAUGUGCAGGGAAGUGACCUUCACCUUACUGCCGAUUUCAACGCCACCACACCCAUCGAGGUGAUUGGAGCCCCAUCCAACGCCAAGAACCUGGUGAUCAACGGCAAGAAGACAGAUGUCAAGGUCGACAAGAACGGAAUCUGGUCCAGCAGUGUUAAAUACACUGCACCCAAGGUUCAGCUCCCGACUCUGAAGAACCUCAAGUGGAAGUCCAUCGAUACUCUACCUGAGAUUCAAAACUCUUACGAUGACUCUGCUUGGGUUUCUGCAGACCACACCUCCACCCCCAACACUGCCAAUGAGCUGAAGACCCCGACCUCGCUGUUCGCCUCCGACUACGGUUUCCACACUGGCUAUCUCCUCUUCCGCGGCCACUUCACUGCCACUGGCGAGGAGAAGUCCCUUUUCCUGCGUACCCAGGGCGGCACUGCAUUCGGAAGCUCUGUAUGGUUGAACGAAACCUACGUAGGAUCCUGGGGCGGCAUCUCCAUCAACGCCGACAACAACGCCACAUACACCCUGCCCACCCUGACCAAGGGCAAGUCAUACGUGUUCACUGUCGUGGUUGACAACAUGGGUCUGGACGAGGAUUGGACCGUCGGCACGGACGACACCAAGGAUCCCCGGGGAAUCUUAGAGUACAAGCUCUCGGGCCGAUCCGCCAGUGACAUCACCUGGAAACUAACCGGCAACUUGGGCGGCGAGGACUACCUCGACACAGCUCGCGGUCCUCUCAACGAAGGAGGUCUCUACGCAGAGCGUCAAGGAUUCCACCAACCCCAGCCACCCAAGGACUGGAAAUCAGGAAGUCCCUUCGACGGACUCUCAGCACCAGGAAUCAAGUUCUACACCACCAGCUUUGAUUUGAAUAUCGAGAAGGGCUGGGAUGUCCCACUGUACUUCAACUUUGGAAACGCCACUUCUACCGGACAAGCUGCUGCGUAUCGCGCUCAGCUCUACGUCAAUGGAUACCAGUACGCUAAGUAUGUGAACAACAUUGGUCCCCAGACGAGUUUCCCUGUCCCAGAGGGUAUUCUCAAUUACCGGGGUACCAAUUAUUUGGCGCUGAGUCUUUGGGCACUUCAGAAGGAUGGGGCUCAGUUGGAGAGCUUCGACUUGGUCCAUACUACUCCUGUGUUGACUGCGAUGAAUGAGGUGGAGCCGGCUCCUCAGCCGAAGUAUGAGAAGCGCAAGGGGGCUUAUUAG